GCUAACGGCUUUCAGUCACGUCUGUACUCGCAACCUACAUUUCAACUAUUGUACCAGGCUGAGUGUUUUAAUGGACAAAAUAACCAUAGUUUGAAUUGCGAGUUUGGUCUCAAACUGAUUGUUUAGAAACAAAUGCAGGUUUGGCGCGAGGACUAUAUUUGGCCCACAAAUUGUGUUUUUUCAUUGGCCCGUGGCAUGUUGUAGAAAUAAGUCAUUUUUAAAGACAAAUAUCGGAUAUCACACCAAUUUGCUUUAACACGAGGCUAUGAUAGGAUAUUUUGUUAAAAUAACUUAGCAUAUAUUGACCUACAUGGGAGUGGAUUGGAUUGGCUGUUGGUGGAAAAAGCUUAGACACCCCAGCAUUAGACAAAGCAAACAGCAAGCUCCGUAUGAGUACAUGUUAACACUCUAAACACAGCAACGUGUCCAGCAUGCCAGCGUGAGGUGACGUAAAAGAAGUCAGUGUAGACCACUGGUGCUCACAUUGGAGUACAGUAAUCCUUCACCACUUGGAAUUUCAUGACUUCACUGUUAACGGUUUUCAGAAACAUAUUAAUUAAUAAAUCAUAGCUGUUUCGUGGUCGAAUAUUAUUUGUCAAAAAUAUGUGCUUUUAAGCAAAUUAGAUUUAUUUUUUGCCAAUAAAGCAUUACCAGUCAUAAAAAUUGCUAACUGAACUAAAGUACAGCUAUAAGGCAAAGAUACCUUCAAAGACGUGGUAAUAUGUAAUAUUCUAUAGUGAUCGCUAGGUGUCGGUAAUGUUACAUUGGUGAGAUGAUAGACACUGCAGGAAGUACAAAAACAACAGCAAGGCACUUGCCCGAGUCUAAAUUAUGUCUUUCUCUUUUUAUGUCUACUAUAUUGGGCAAUGCGAGUGUAAAGGUGACUAUGGAGUGUCCUUUAAUGUCUACAGGGCUCUAAUAAUGUUACAAAUUAUAUUUAGAAGGUCGUAAGCAGUUUUUCUAUGCUAUGUCUAGGAAAAUAUUUGAUUUACAAAUAAGGAAUCCAACUUUGCGGAAAUUCACGUAUCACUAAGCAUGCUGAUUGAUCAGCGCCAAUUUCCUUAAUUUUGAGAUAUAUACAAUUGGCCAAUGAAACAAAUCUUCUCCAUCUCUGCAAAGGCCUGAAAUUCAGCCAUGGUCCCCUUUUUCUCAGCCAGACUGACAUCUUGCUGUCGAGCCAAGUCUAAAGCCAGUGCUAGCUGGAGCAAAGGGCCAGGCAGCAGCCAGUUGUUAGAGCUUACGAGCAGUGAAAAGAGCAAGGCUACUGUAACCAACGGUUACCCGUCGUCGUUGUGGAAGUUUGGUGUAAAUAACAGACGGGGGGCACGGCUGCAGGAGUCACGUUUAUCUAUGUUCACAGCUCCUCUCUUUAGCAACAGUCAAGAGACCUUCUCAACACACACAACACACAUCCGGCCUUCAAAAUAAGCGCAUUGUGUGAUACUUCCUGUUUGUCUUAGAAAAAUAUCUUGCUCUACGAGGAAAUUGAUGGAGCUCAUGGCAUUGGACGACCAUCCGUUUUCUGUCGCUGUGCACUUUAUUUUUGGUUUUCCCAUUGCAUCACAUGCAGGAUUUGAUGUGUGAAGAUGCACUCAGAGAGGCCUGAUUAUGGUGGUCAAAGGUGGCACUAUGGCGACAGAGACGCAAGACACCGGGACGACUACAACGACAGAUGGCAAGACCAUCAAACUAUGCCGCGGUAUUCCUCUCAUACACAUGGUGGUACUACAUACAGUGGAGCGGAGCGGAGCAGUCGAAGUACAAACUACAGUGACUCACCGCCAAGGCUGUACACUAAAGAAUCCCUAGACAGAGAGAGAGACAGGGACAUGGCUAGGAAGAGCCCCAAGAGGAGACCACAGUCUUCCCCUGACUGGAGUGAAAGGAAAAGGGAAAGGUUUACAGACGACAGCCACACUGACAACAGAUACAGACCAGAACCAGUUGGGAAAAAGUACAGGCAGUCACCAGUAAGCUUUUCCCACAUGCAUGAACCGAAGGAUUUGAAACCCAGAUCGCCACAGGAGGAUAUCAAAUACAGAAAGGCUACCCAAGAGUCCCGAAACUGGCAUAGAGCCGAAGAAUUGACUUCCAGGCACCAACAUCCGGGUGAUUCCACACGCAGACAAGAUCGACAUGGUCAUGGGAGGGACCGCAGUCACUCACCCGAGACUAAACCACGUCCACAAGAUGAUUCUUCAAAGAGAUACGCCAAAUCUGGAGGAAGGCAAGACGGCUGUCUUCAGACUCAAGCAAGAAAGUUGCUGGAUGGAUCUAUGAAACAGUCUUUUGAGCGUGAGACCAAGCCCUGCGAUGAUACAUCCAAGGAGGAGAAGCUGACCAAUGGUUUCCAACGUUUCCUUGAUGUGCUCAAUAAAGGCGUGGAUGUGGACAUGCUCAGCAAGAUUGUGACACAGGACCCGGCAGGUGGCCCCGCCCAACCACAGUCCCCAGCAUCUUUUCAGAAUGUCGUCGAGCAUCCGCGUUUUCCAGACCGAGAGCAGAGAGCACAGCUCAACGUGAAGAGCUGGAGAGAAGACUUUGUAAGAAAAAAAUGCUACCUGCCACCUUUUCCACAGCCGCGUGUCAGGUCCUGCAGCCCAAAGAGAAACUCUCUGUCUCAUGACGUCUUAGUGCAGCGGCAUGAUGGAGGACAAGACUGCUACAACAGUAGGUCGCCUCCCGUGUCGGAGAGAAAAGCGUUGACGCAUGUUGAGCACAAGCAAAUGCAGGACGUUUUGCAGGCCAUUGGGAUGGAUUUGGGAUUUGAGGAACUUGGGCAAAUGUCGCACCGGAUCCAAGAGCGCUUGUAUGGGAAGAAGGAUAGCGACUGGAGCUACCAGAGGCAAGGAAGCAGACAAAGGGUUACAAAACCAGCCUACUCUCCAAGGCGUCACAGCCGGUCUUCGUCAUCCUCCUCCUCAUCAAGCAGAUCUAGCUUUAACUCUUCAUGGAGGAACCACUCUUUGCACAGGGACUCAUACAGCGCUCAGAGUGAUCCAAAGGUGGAUGGAACCCAGGUCCCAGUCAGCAUCUGUGAUGAGCCCAGGAGCAGCUCGAGGUCUUCACCAGAUGACCACAAAUAUGAAAUCCAAGAAAGAAAUUCCCCAAAUAUCACAGCCAGUAUGCCAACAAGGCCAGCCUAUCCUCCAGUGAAUUACCCCGCAAUGCUGUACCCACACCUACCCCCCAGCAUUCCCAAUAUGGUGCCGGGGCUUCUUUUGCCCCCCCGAGCCUCUUUGCCUUUACGACCUCCCCUGCCCCCUUUUACAUGUCGACCUCCUUUCCAGCCUUACCCUUGUCCCCCACCUUACCCUUUCCCCUUGGCUCCGACGAGGCACCUUCUCCCCCCACAUGUGAAUAACAAUCAGCCACUGCAUGUAAACCUCCCACAUUUUGAAUUUCUGCCUGUAAACACUCCACCCAAGACGAAACCCGCGUCAAGGCCUCGUUGUUUGCAAGUAAUUGAAACAAAAAAGUCAUGAUAAAGAAUGCUAACAUUGGAAAACUGGAUGCUAUGGGACAUAUAUAUACACUAAGUAACGUGUCACUGACUCAAAAAUAUACUGUGUGUGUGUGUGUGCAUAUACUGUAUAUAUGUAUGUAUACUGUAUAUGUUUCAGUCAGUGACACAUGAAUUUGAAUUUUUUUAAGUCAACAAAUGUUGGUGUUUUAAGCUGUCUACCAGUAAGAAACACUCAGGCCAGAAAAUGUGAAAUACACUGAAAUGAUGGUUGACGUUUGCUACGUUUACAUGCACUUCAAACACAUGUCAACACCUUAACGGGAUAGUUUGGAUUUUCCCCAUCAGCAGUGUCGUGCAUCAACAGUGACUUACCCCACGUGGUUCCAUGAGUCCAGUUCUGGUCGGAUAUCCGUGACGCGGAUCAUAGUUCCAACUUAGUUGCUGGGGCCACUUGAAUAAAGAGUUUGGCUUCUCAAUAGGAUAUGUGUUCAAAGGAGUAAUGCAUUUGCAUCAUGUUUGUCUCCCGGCGUAUCCCUACGCACUGUCGCCUGUCCAUUCUGGUGUAAGUGAUGAAGACGCUCGCAUCUUCUUCAAAUGUGUUACUCUUUUGAAGGCAUAUAGUUCUUAAAUGACCCAGCAACUGACCGGAACGACGUUCUUCGACCAAGUGGAGGGUAAGUCACCGUUGAUGGACUACACUGCUGACGGGGAUGUCACACAACUUCAUGUCAACAAAUCCAAACUACCCCUUUAACUAUAUAAUGUUCUGUUUGACUUUUUGGGCUGCAAAUAACGAUUAUUUUCUUAAGUCAAUUAAUCUGAAGCUUGUUGUUUCGAGUGAUCGAUUUGGCCGCAGACGACCAAAUGAAUUUAAAGCAAACAGUUAGUGGUUCGGUCUGGGACAUAUAAGGAGAAAAAAGCAAAAAUGUUCAUCACUGUUUUCCAAAGUCAAAGCUGAUGUGUGAAUAACUUGUUUUGCCUAAAAUGCAAUGGUAAUAGGUCUGCUUUCAUGGAAAUUAAAAAAUAUGAACAUUUGAGUGGCUGAAAUCAGAGGGCACUUCCAUUUUUAAAACAAAAACGAUUAAUCAAAUACUGAAAUAGUUGAUUACUUGGAUUAUUAAUUGUGGCAGCUCUACAUUGAAUUAAUAUGUCAAUUAUGCGAUUGGAAGUUAGCAGAAGAACACAACCAUGGUACGUUCAAGGACUGUCAAACAGAGUAGGGCGGCUCGCUGCUUGCCGAAACACAAACAUGCAAAAAGUGCGGGGUAAAAUAAUGGCCCAUAUUUCCAAAAUUGAUACGCAUUUACAUCAAAUUUGAUGUAGUUAUUUACACAUGUAUUUUGAAACUUUUUUUUUCUUUUUUAAUCAUCACGCCUGAAAGUUUCCUGCGCCCAGUUAGGCCCUGACUCCGGCCCGUAAUUUGACAAUUGGUCUACAAUCUAUGGUCUGCUUAGAAGUCCAGCUGGGUUCUACUAGUGACUAGUUCUCUUGCCUUAUCUACACAGCUAAACAUCGCCUUUUACCCUAAACAGGUAACCUUCACAGAUCAGUGACUCCGACUGUUAAGUUCAUGUAAACGUAGUGAAUGAAUGUGAUGCAUUUUGUUUUCUUGUUUGGUAGACACAUUUCUUUUGGAUACAAGCACACACCUGCUGUAAAUAUGUAUUGUCAUACAUUUUCUGAAAGUAAAUGGUUUGAAAUUGUUUUGGUGGGACCUGUUUUUUUUUUCCAUGACAACCCCCAGAUAGUGUGAAGUCGCAUUGCAUGUAAAAGGGGAGUUAAAGUCAUGCAGGAAACAACAAUUGUUCCUUAUUUAUUCUUUAUGUUGAAAGAUACAUCCAGAUCUCAAGCCAGACAUCAUAUAGCAAUAUCGUAUUGAUUGUUGUUUCAAGUUGCUGUCUUCGUGCAUGCAGUGUAGCGAAUUGGUUCGCCUAUUCAUGUAAAAGUUAAUCAGUAAAUCAGUUAAUGUAUGAACAUUCUACAAGUAUAUUUAUGGAGGAUGUGUGGCCAUUGUA